UCGCCAGCGCUUUUCUCACCACACAAUUUCGUUCGCAUUUGUGGGUGGCGGCGGUCGAUUUGCGCUGAUUUUUUGGCAAAUAAAAACGCACUUGCUGUUUUCAGAUAGCACAUAAAGCACACCUGUUUCGUUUGCAAUCAACCAGAGUCGCUGAAAACCAUCAAGAUGAUGUCCGAAUACUGGAUUAUCUCGGCCCCUGGCGACAAGACCUGCCAGCAGACGUACGACACGAUGAACAACCUGACCAGCAAGCAACACAACCUGUGCAAUAACUACAAGUUCCAUAUUCCAGAUCUUAAGGUGGGCACCCUCGACCAACUGGUGGGCCUCUCCGACGAUCUGGGCAAACUGGACACCUAUGUGGAGCAGAUCACCCGCAAGGUGGCCAACUAUCUGGGCGAGGUGCUCGAGGAUCAGCGGGACAAGCUGCACGAGAACCUGAUGGCCAACAACAGUCCUGGGCCACCCGACGACAGCAUGCCGUGUCGCCACCACCAGCGCAUCAAGCAUCUCAGCCUGCGACACCAGCGAAAACACCAGCACACGCACCACCAAAACAAACCCCAACACUACCAUCACCACCACCAUCACCACCAGCUGCCGCAGGAUCUCAAGGGUAAAUCCGCAGCCACCUGUUCUCCCGCCACUCCUCCUGCGCCCGCGUCUGCACCACCCAAUCUUCCGCCUGCCUGUGCCUGCGACGUCCUUGCGACAGGAUCCCUAACCGGCGGCAGCCUCACUAACCUGUCCACGGGUCACGACCCGGAGCCGGAGUUCGACGCCUGUCCGUGCGAUGAGUGCUUCGCCUGUGCCCCGCCCAGCACAAGUGCCACGGCCAGCACGCUGCUGGCGGAUGAGUGCUACUCCCAGACGGCCUCCUCCAUGCUCAGUGCCACCCGGUGUGCACUGUCCACGGUGGCGGCGAUAGCCACCGGGAGCGGUUUUGGCAGUGGACCGAGCACCAGUGCCGCAGCCGCUGCAGCUGCAUCCAGCUCCUCUGGCGGCGGCAGUGGCGGUGGAGCGGGACCGGCCUCCUGCUCGACGCUCUGCUCCUCGGCAUAUUUCUCCACGUCGGCGCCCACGACCAGCAGCUCGGUGCACAGCAGCAUGUCCCGCUCUAACAGCAAGCGGCUGAAUAACAACACGUGCAGCAUCAACAAUAACAAGCUCAGCUUCCGCAGCGGCAGCCAUGUGAGCCAGCUGCAUUUGGCCACGCAGCAUCCGCAGCAGCUGCCGCAUCAUCAUUCGCAUCCGCAAUCGCAACCGCAUACCAAUCCGCUGCAGUCGCCCGCACAAAAGUCCAUGUCGGAGGACGAGGGCGAUGCGUCAAAUGCCCCCGAAGAUGGGGAAACGGACGAGGACCCCAAGAGUCCGCACAGUGUGCAGUCCGAUCUGUCGGACGCCUUCGACUGGUGGUUCAAUAAGCCCAAGCGUAACUCUAAGAAGAGCAGUGCACAACAGCAACACGAGACAGCACAGCAGCAACACCAACAGACGACACAGCAACAUGCAACACCACUGACACCACAGCAACACCCCAACCACAACCACAAUCAAAACCAACACCAACACCCAAACCACAAUCAAAACCAAAACCAAAACCAAUACCAAUACCAAAACCAACACCUAUCCAAAGCAAUGACAUUUUGGCAUCAAGCAUCGACCACACCGCGCUCUAGUUAUCGCUCUUUCUUCAAUUCUCUUGCCGAUCAAAUUUAUAGCAAACGUUCUACACCGAGUCAAUUAAAUAUAAACAAUGGAUUUAAUUUAACACCAACACAUAGAUCGUCUCCAGUGAGUAGUUGUUGUGGCAGUAGUAGCCAGGGGCGAUCCAGUCCGGACACGGAUCCCGCCGAGCCGCCCGAGUUUCCGCUGAGUCCAGCCGAACUACCCCAGUACUUGACCCGCUUCCAAUGGGACAUGGCCAAGUACCCGAUCAAGCAGUCGCUGCGCAACAUCGCCGACAUUAUCUCCAAGCAGAUCGGUCAGAUCGAUGGCGAUUUGAAGACCAAGUCGCAGGCCUACAACAACCUCAAGGGAAAUCUGCAGAACCUGGAAAAGAAGAAGACUGGCAGUCUGCUGACCAGGAAUCUGGCUGACUUGGUCAAGAAGGAGCACUUCAUCCUGGACUCGGAGUAUCUGACCACCCUGCUGGUCAUUGUACCCAAGGUCAUGGCUAAUGACUGGCUGACCAACUACGAGAAGAUCACCGACAUGAUCGUGCCCCGCUCGUCGCAGCUCAUCCAGGAGGACGCCGACUACUGUCUGUUCAACGUGACGCUCUUCAAGAAGGUGGCUGAGGAGUUCAAGCUGCACGCCCGCGAGCGCAAGUUCAUUGUGCGUGACUUUGUGUAUAACGAGGAGGAGCUGGCUGCCGGCAAGAACGAGAUGACCAAGCUGAUGACGGACAAGAAGAAGCAGUUUGGUCCUCUGGUUCGUUGGCUGAAGGUGAACUUCAGCGAGGCCUUCUGCGCCCUCAUUCACGUCAAGGCGCUGCGCGUGUUUGUGGAGUCCGUGCUGAGAUACGGCCUGCCCGUUAACUUCCAGGCCAUCUUGAUCGAGCCCAACAAGAAGAGCGUGAAGCGUCUGCGUGAUGUGCUCAACCAGCUGUAUGGUCACUUGGAUGGUGUCUCCGCCGGCGGUGCUGUCAGCAGUGCUGAUAACGUGGACAUCCCCGGCCUGGGCUUUGGCCAGUCCGAAUACUUCCCCUAUGUGUUCUACAAGGUCAACAUCGAUAUGGUGGAGCAGGCCAAGGUCUAAGAUCGUCCGUCGCCCCAACAUUGCAUACAUCCAGCCACACAAAAUACACUUUAAUACAAAAACAACCAAUUUAAAAAUCAGCUGAACCAUUCGCAGACAUCUAAUGAAAGAAAAUUAAUAGAUUACUUUAAAUAAUUUUAGUCAUUGUUAUCUAAUUAUUGUUGUUAUUUAUGUUGCGCGUUGCCGAUAUCUGUUUCAAAUCAACUUCCGGUUCGAGAAAUCGAGGCGCGCCUAAAUCAACCGAAAUAAGUCCACAAAAAAAAAGAAGAAAACUUUUGCAAUAAUCCCAGAUCUUGUGGAACCUUCCGAUUGUUCUUUUGUCACCCCUUCAGUUUGCAAAGCAGUAUUUUAUGUUUUUCUUAUGCCUUAUAUAUGUUUAUGAUAUGAUGAAAACCUAGAAUGUUUAACCCGCAGCCAAAUUUACAUGCAUGGUCGCCGGAGACGCUGCUAAAAUUCUCUUUUUUUGUUCGUUUUUUGGUAGCUAUACAAUAAACAUUUGAGUUACAUUUUGAUUUACAACAUUUUCGUCUCGUUUCGUGCUUGUACUCCACUUGGUAUCUGUAUCCGUGACUAAAAGCAAACAUACAAACAUCAUGCCCAAAAUAAAUUUAAGCCCAAAAAUGGUGUCGCAAAUCGCAAACCGAACGUUCCCACGGAGCUAAUUGUGCUAACAAAUUUCCGAUGCUAUGGUACGUUUCGAGUAAAGUCAAACUAUUAACCAACGGAAGUAUUGUAUUUAUAAAUGUUGCCUAGACAUUGAAAAUCUAUAAGCAAAAAAUUUGCGAGCUGUUUGCAUACAUUAAUCGCUGAGAGGAUCCGCUCGAGCCUGUUUGUUUAACACCCGGUGUGCGUUAACCCAAUAAAAAAAAAAGAAAACCAUCAGCAGUGAUUGAGGGUCUACCACAUGAGAUAUGAACAAUAAUAUUAUAUUCGUAUGUAAAGUUUUUCAGUUAUUCAUAUUGCUAAAUCGAGAAUUGUGUACCGAGUUAGGCGAAACGUGAGAGAGAUACAGUAUCUAUAUAUAAAUAUUUUAAAGUUAUGCAUACUAUGUGUAAAAAUGAAACGAAUGAAACCAUGUAAAUGUCAUUGCGUUAUAUAAGGUGCAAUUAAGCCAUCCUUGUAAAUAAUUAUAAAGAAAGAAAGACAUUCCCAA